AUGACAUCAUUGACAAAUAAAUUACCAAUUAUUCAAUUGUCUACAGACAUUUUACUACGGCAAUUAUUGCCUAAAAAUAAUGUAAUUAUCAAUGAUAAUAAUAAGUCAAUUGCUGAAUUGUUUGAUCGAUAUGGACAAUCUCGCUUGUCUUAUGAUAAUGUACAUUAUGGGGAUCUUGUAGUACUCUGGUAUGGUGCAAAGAACUCCUCGUUAAAAACGGCUCUUGUUGAAUAUUUAAUCCCUGAAGAUAUAACUUUAAUGUUGUUUUCAACAGAAGAACAGUUGUGGCAUUGGUUAAAUAUUUAUUCUUCACGAAAAGUUGUAUAUCUUGUGAUUGAAACAAACAUUAAUAUUCAAAAUAUUGUGCAUCGUAGCAUUGCGUAUGCUAGUAUUCAUUCAAUUCUUAUUCGUUGUUCAACUAAUGAAUUAAUUACUUUGCAACAAUUUUCAAGAUCGCAUGUUAAGAUUGAUGGUAUCUUUACUGAUGAUACACGUGUUCUAAUUAAAUUAGUUAUCGAUCUUGCUCUUUUCUACGAAGAAAUAGGUGAUCGAACAAGAGAAGCUGAAAACAAUGAAUUUCUGUAUUUUACUGCUAAUAUUGACUAUUGUGAUAUGACUAGUAUUACUAGUGAAAUUUAUGUGCACAAACUUCUUAUGGUAUGUGCAAUGCCUAUUCCAGAGCAGGUUAAAGCUCUCUUUGCUUUGGUAUUUGGUAAUUUACGUGAUUUGAUCGAAUAUGUGUGGAAAAAUAUUAACAAGACAGAUGCGUUUCAUCUGAUUAUUCCUUUCGAUUGUCUAGAACAGUUACUGAACGAUCCUAUUUAUCGAUUUCCACAAGUUCUACAUAUUGAUGUUAUUUAUGAUGGUAUCAAUGAGUUAAGAAAAUAUCGACGUCGUUUUCCAUUGAAAUACAAAAAGAUAGAUGAAAACAUUUCUUAUCAACAAAAUUCAACAGGAGCGAAUCAAGAUCUAAUACUUGGUAAUCUUUCUUCAUUAGAUUCAGAUGCAUCGAUUACAUCUUUGAAUGGCACAUGUAUAUGGGAAGUUUCCAAUAUUUCUGAUAUGAAAGAUAAUGCUGCCUUUGGUGAGCUAAGAUCGAUAUAUUCUUCUUGGUUUUAUUUAUUUCCUUAUGGUUAUAAAAUUUCCGUGAUGUUAUUUUUAAAUGGAGACACUAAAUCAAGAGGUACUUAUAUGUCGUUGUAUUUUGUAUUAAUGCGCGGUAGUUAUGAUAAUGAUCUUUGUUGGCCAUUUCAAUUCAAAGUAACAUUUACUUUACUUGAUCAUUUAUCACCGAAUAAUAAUCAGACAAAUUUUCUUUGGCCUGAUACGAAAUCAAUCGCUUUUCAACGUCCAAGUAGCGAAAUGAAUAUCCCCUAUGGUAUUUCAAAAUUCGUUCCUCUGAAUGUAUUCGAACACAAUGAAAAUCAUUAUGUUAAAAAUGAUCGAAUGUUCAUAAAGAUUGAAGUUGAUUUUCUGGCUGAAAGACCAACUAUAUCAUUGAUAGGUGAUGUAGGUGAAUUACUGAAUGAGAAAGAACUCGUUGAUACAAACUAUGACAAUCUUCCACAAUUGCUCUGUUGUUCAGACGCAUAA